AUGUCUACAACAGCCACCACCACCCAAACCACCGCCCAAGCCCCAAAGUUGGGAAUGGCUUUAGAUGGCUGUACAACAAACUACAACGACUUUCGUGACCAACUCAACCGCGACGGGUACGCGGUCAUCAAAGGCGCCGUUCCUCGUGACCGCGCAGACCGAUACGCCGAUAAAUUUUUGAGUUAUAUCGAGGAUUUCGGCCUAGGCUUCAAACGCGAUGACCCCUCCACCGUAAAACGGGACAUGUUACCCGUCAUCAACGAAAAGGGUAUGAUCCUCAACUACGGAGUUACGCAUGAGCAAUGGGUAUGGGACAUUCGCGGCGAGCCCGGUGUCGUCGAUGCAUUCGCAAAGGUUUAUGAAGAUGAGGAUUUGAUUGUGUCGUUUGAUGUCGUUAAUGUUGGAUUUGCCAACCGCGAAGAUCUCCCCGAAAACAAACCCUGGCCACACCAAGACCAAGACCCCUCCAAACCGGGCUUCCGCUGCCUCCAGGGCCUUGUAAACCUAAACCGUUGCGGUCCCAACGAUGGCGGCCUUAUCGUCUGCAAAGGCGGACACAUCAUGUCUGAGCAAUUCCAUCGCGAAAUGGCCGACGAACCACGAAUCCCUGCCUGGACACCUGAGUGGUUCGGUUUCACUGAGAACGGAAUGAAAUGGCUCGCCGACCACGGAGUGAAAUGGGAAAAAGUGUGCGCCGAGCCAGGUGAUUUGAUUGUCUGGGAUUCGAGGACGCCCCAUUAUAAUGUGCCGCCAACCACCAAACAAGAUAGGUUGGCGGUUUAUACCUGUUAUAUGCCUGUUAGGGAUGUUUCGCAGGAGGAUUUGAUUAGGAAGAAGGGGGCUUUUGAGAAACGACUUGGAACGACCCACUGGCCCAACGCACAGCAUGUUGCGCCGACUAACGAUGCGAUGCGAGAUGGAAAGUUGUGUCCCAAAAAUCGCACGGGGCCUGUGGAGGAUCCCGUGUUGAAUGAAAGAACGUUUAAGCUUACUGGUAUUCCUUAUAUCAAGGCAUCUGCUUAG